CUGCCUUAUGCAUAGAAAGUUUCCGUGAAGAAAACAAUCGUUUAAGUGAAGAAAAGAACGAACGUUGCAAUAAAAUCAAUCGGUUGCGUACUUUAAAUGGUGAAAGGGAAACACUUAUUAGCGAAGUGAAUAGAUUAAACGAUGAAAGGAAAAAUUUUACUAAUGAAAUGAAUAGUUUAGAUGAUGAAAGGAAUAUAUUAGACGGUAAAAAGAAUAUGCUUAUUAAUGAAGUGAAUAAGUUGGAUGGUGAACUGGAAAUACUUGUUAAUGAAUUAUAUAGAUUAAAUGUUCUUGUUAACGAAGCUAUUUACAAUUUAGCGAAUUAA